AUGUUGAAUUCGUUUGCAGGUAAAUAUGGGAGAGUGGAGAGCGUGUCCGAGCUCGUCAAUGGCUCAGCAAGGGAUUUCUGGUGCCUUUUCGGCUCACAAAAGUACAACGAGACGGGCCUCGUGCUGGCAUCCAAAUACGGACACCAUGAGGUCGUGAGGGUCUUGGUAGCAGCAGGUUCAGAGAUUGACUAUCCGGCGAAUGGUGGGGCAGCUCUUCACUGGGCCUGCAAGUCCUUCUCGCAGAAGAAUUACGCGGCAAUGGAGCCGCAGCAGGUGGCCACCGUGCAGUUCCUGCUUGGCGAGGGUGCCCAGAUGAGGCUCCCCAGCCCGAAAUCGGAUGAGAUCUAUGACGCUUUGAACAUGGCAACCCAGCGCGGCAGCGUUCCGAUGGUCAUGCUGCUGAAGGCAGCAGGAGCUGAGGUUUCCGCAAGUACGGAGGCUGCAGCGAAGAAGUGGGGCGGCGCAGUUUCCCGAGCGCUUCUCUCCGAGGAGAAGGAUCUGGAUGGGGAUCCGGAGACCGGCCACGUUCGUACCUCCAUGUCCCUGGGUGAUCUCGCAGGGCGGCUGAAGACAAGCAUCGCCGAGCUCUACCUCUUCCAUGGGACCAGCCCAGUGGGAGCGAAAGCCAUCUCUGAGCAAGGAUUUCGUCGCAUCUUGGCCGGCGUGAAUGCUGGCACUGCCUUUGGGCGUGGCUGCUACUUUGCCGAGGCUUCGUCUAAGUCGGAUGAGUAUGCGCAGCCUGACAGUGACGGGCACUUCGUGAUGCUUCUCUGCAGAGUGGUUUGCGGAGAGAUGUUCCGCAUCACCGAGACUGGGUUCUUGUUCAGGAACUUAACUUAG